AAGCUGUCUCCUCCCAUUCCCCAGCCCUCGGGCUCCUCCUCCUUUUUCCUUCCUUCUCCCCGCCACCCCCUAUCAGUCUGAAGAAGGGUUUCGGCCCGAAACGUUACCUAUUUCCUUCGCUCCAUAGAUGCUGCUGCACCCGCUGAGUUUCUCCAGCAUUUUUGUGAAAUGGGAUAUCAGGUUGGUUCCCGCGUGCUGAGCGAAGGUGUUCUGUGAAACCAUCGCCCAGUCUGCGUUUGGUCUCGUCGAUGUGCAGGCCCACACAAUAAAAACGUGUUUUAUGUGCCUUUGGUGCUGUAAACAAAUCCAAUAAGUUGCAACGAAAAAACAGAAAAUAAUACAAAUGCUUCGUAGGUCAGUCGGUAUGUGUGGGAAGAGAAACCGACCCAUUGUUUCAGGUCGACGUCCGUUCAUCAGAACCUUCAUCAGAUCUUCGACCUGAACCGUCAUCGCGGUUUCUCCUUCCCCUCCGGUUGCUGCCCGACCUGCUGAGUAUUUCCAGCAUUAGCUGCUGUCGGUUCAGAUUUGCAGCAUCAUCAGUGUUUUUUUUUUUCAUUUUCACAAAUAAAUGUCACCACGUUGGUCUCCAGGUGUCUUUGGGUUUCGUCAGGUAACUGAAAACAAACUGAAAUACAACUGAACGAAUUGUCACAUUAAAAAUGUUUCGACACUUCCAAGUAUGUUAUACUUCUUAGUAAGUGUAAAAAAAAAGCAUGGUUAAUGUUCUAAAUAACAUUAUAAAGGAUAGACACAAAAAGCUGGAGGAACACAGCGGUGUCAGGCAGCAUAUCUGGUGAAAAGGAAUAUGUGACAUUUUGGGUCAAGGCCCUUCGCAUCCGUUCUUAUAAAUAUAGAAGGAAUUCUACAACUUGUUGCCCUUGCUUGAUUGUCGUGUGGAUUUAAUGUUUUAUUCUACAAAACGUCAGUGUGUGGGUGGGGAAAUAAUUAAUCUAGAAAUCUAAUUCACGGUUGUGGUACUUGAAAUAAAUUGCACUUAACUGAAUGGUCGAAUUGAUCCUGAACAAGAACUCUUGUUUUAAUUUUGUCUACUUGGAACAAAGGCUAUUUCUUAAUUGUCAAAUUCAAACAGUUUUAGGCUUAAAUUCAAAGCCUUGUCUUCGAUAAUUUUCUACUGCCUCUAAGAACCCUUCUGUUUAAACGAAAAGCCAAAACAUGCAAAUUAAACUUUGGUCUUCAGUUUUUGGUUCAACGUAGUUUCUUAAACAGCAGCACAGAUGUAAAAAAGAAUUUAACAAGGUAUGGGAAGUAUGACAUUGACUAGCAGUUUGGAAUUGUCAAUACGUUUUACAGGUAAAUUCAAGUUGCAGUGUAAGCGGUGAGAGGUACAGAAUGAGCGUCUGUGAUAGAGGGAGACAGAUGGAAGAGGUUCAAGGCUCUCUGUGUUAUGUACCGGUCACCACAAUGUUUGGGGGCAGGUCAGGCUGCACGAUGGAGACCGGGAGAAAUAGCGAGUCAGUAUCCGCGACUGAUGACUUACAACUGAAAUUAGUACUUCUUCUAUUGUCAUAAUAAGCGAUUGACCAAGCACAGGCAAAUGGGACUAGCUCAGUAUGUCAACUCGGUCGGCAUAGACAGGAUGGGCCGAAGGGCCUGUUCCCCUGAGUCAGAUAACUGGACUCGUCUGUGGGUUUUAAUACUUUGCCCGCUCUGCUGCCCACACUCAAUCUUUACUCAGACCAGCCCGGCCCGAGCUCUGGUUCAGCUUUAUCUCACUGUUCGACAGUUUCGUUGCAAAUACGUGGCUUUCAACUCAAGCCCCGAUGUCUGGAAACAGUUAAAUUCUCCCAAACGAUCCCCACAUCCUUGAGCAUUCUGGGACGUACAUUCCAAGUACAAAGUCGGCAGAACCCGCGCGGUGGAGGUGGUCGAGGAGGAAUCAACCCCGGAGAUCGCCAGAGACUCAGUGAAGAAGCAGGCGAGCGCUCCACACGUUGCCGGCGCCGCGGGCUCACCAUGAACUUGAAGGUUGUGUUCGCUGUCUUGGCCGUAGCUCUGGUAGCGAUCAUCGCUCUCAACUGGAUCCUGCUGGUGGGGAUGUCGAGGUCGGCCGCGUGUCAGGUCCGAGACCCCGGCGAGCAGCUCAGUGAGAUGAUGGAGCAGCGGCGGCAGAAGGAGAUGUUUGCGGACCUCAAUUCCUUGGAGCUGAGGCAGGUGGUGCGCUACUUGGAGCAGAACCUGGCCGUGACCCUGGUGAACUGUAGUCAGGCAUUGCCGUCCCACAACUCCAUCUUCAUGGUCGAACUACAACUUCCCCGCAAAGACGACGCCUUGAGGUUCUUGGACCAGGGGGGCGACCCGCCAAGGAGAGAGGCCAGGGCUGUGGUGGUUUUUGGUGCUCAGACUCGGCCCAAUGUAACCGAGUACACAGUGGGACCUCUCCCUGACCCGACCUACCAUGUGGAUGUCACCUCUCACACCUACAAGAGCCUCCACUUCAACUCCAGGCCUCUAACCUUUACUGAAUAUAAAACCAUCAUGUCAACAAUAGGUUUGGAGAAAGUUUCGAAACUUCUCAAGGAAAGUUACGGCGCGGACGGGAUGUCCCCAAUACAUUUCGACUCGUCCCCUCGCGGGUUUAAAUUGGGAGAUAGAGAAACUUGGUUUCCGUUCUUAAAAAGACUGGAAGGUUCCGUUAUGCACCCUCUGGGGUUUGAGGUACUGGUGGACCACAGCAGCAACAACAUCUCGGAGUGGAAGGUGAGGAAAGUACUUUACAACGGCCAAUACUUUGACAACAUUGAUGAACUAGUGACGCAGUACAACAAGGGGUCUGUGCGGAAGAUCCAAAGGACAGAUUCGGAUCCCAACUACGCCUCGCUGAGACCUCGCCAGAAGUUUCAAACCUACGGCCCCCUCCAGUUCGAGCCACAGGGACCAAGAUACCACGUUGUAAACAACCACGUUCGCUACUUUGACUGGGAGUUCGCGUUCCGCCACAGUCCCGCCAGCGGUUUACAGCUGUUUGAUAUCCGCUUCAGGAAGGAGCGGGUGGUCUACGAGUUGAGCGUCCAGGAGAUGAACUCCGUUUACGGCGGAGAGGCGCCAGCUCUGAUGAGGUCCAAAUUCUUGGACAGUCAUUAUGGAAUUGGGAAAAGUUCCAAUGAGCUGGUGAAAGGCGUGGACUGCCCUUACAGCGCCACUUUCGUCCACACUCUCCAUCUCAUGGAUAGCGACCAACCGCAGCGGAUCAGGAACUCCAUUUGUAUCUUUGAGCAAAAUCGGGAGAUUCCUCUGAGACGCCACUUCUCCAGCUGGUUCAUGACCCCAUCUUACGGCGCGUUACUGGAUAACGUGCUGGUCGUGCGAUCAGUGGCGACUGUGGGCAACUAUGAUUACAUCUUUAAUUUCGUCUUCCACAAUAAUGGGGUGAUUGAGACCAAGGUGUCUCCCACGGGCUACGCUCUAACAUCAUUUACUUCCGAUGGGGCAACUCAGUACGGAGCAAAACUUGAAGAGAACGUUGUGGGCAACAUUCACACUCACUUCUUCCACUUCAAGGCUGACCUGGAUAUAUUGGGUACAUCUAACUCUUUUGAAACUAAAGAUGUGGAAUAUCAACUUAAAUCAGUCCCAUGGAAGCCUGACGAGAAGGUGCAUGUACCCAGUGUGAAAAGCAAGAUCUUAGAGACGGAGAAUGAAGCAGCCUUCAGAUCUGGAGCAAAAUUGCCCAAAUACCUGAACUUUGUCAAUUUGGCUCAGAAAAAUAAGUGGGGCUAUUAUCGAGGUUACAGGCUUCAGGUGGUGAGCUUCAACCCUGACAGUGUGCCUGAAGACAGUCCAGAUGAAAAAGGCAUCUCCUGGCAAAGGUACCAGUUGGCAGUGACAAAGAGCAAAGAUAGCGAGCGAAAGAGCAGCAGCAUCUACAAUCAGAACAGCAUGUGGAAACCACCUGUUUACUUUGCUGACUUCAUUAACAAUGAAAGCAUUAGGAAUGAGGACCUGGUGGCCUGGAUAACAGCUGGAUUCCUCCACAUUCCCCACGCAGAAGAUGUUCCAAACACUGCCACAUCUGGAAAUGAAAUAGGCUUCGUUCUGAAACCACUCAACUAUUUUAACCACGAUCCCUCUGUUUACUCUCAAGACGCUAUUUACAUCGAUCCAGCCAAUCCGGGAUGUGAGGAUAAUCCCAUAGCGUGUCUGUCUGACGUUGCAUCUUGUAGUCCAAACUUCCCAGAAUUUACCUACGGGGAAAACAAUGAACAUUAACUGAAUUGCGUUCAAUGUGACUCCAUUACAGCGAGUCCCAACCUGUCACUGACCACUACUUUCAACUAAGCAUUCUGAAAUAAUAAGUAUUAGAUCCAAUGGUCUGCAUGGAAUCUUUCCAGGCAGGAUAAAUAUCACAUCUCAUUUAUAGAGUUAUAGAGUCAUAGCCCAUUAUCAUCUAAACCUUUACUAUCCAUGUACUUGUAUAAAUAUGUUUUAUGCAUUGUAAUUCCACCCAUCUCUACAGCUUAUACUCACCUUCCUUUGUAUGUAAGCGUUGCACCUCAGCGCUCUUCUAAACCCUUCCCCUCUCUCCUUAAACCUAUGGCCUCUAGUGUUAGACUCUCCUUCUCUGGGGAAAAGAUCGUGACCAUUCACCUUAUCUACGUACCUCAUGAUUUUGUAUACCUCUACUAUACAGGUCACCACUCAAGCUCUGUUAUUUAGUUUGAAGGGUGGUGAUUAAUCUGAACAUGUCAUUAUGAAAUGACAGAGGAAGUGAGAGGGUAGUUUUUACAAAUACCAGUUGCUUCAGAAUUUUUUUAAUUUUAAUUGCCAGGGAAUCCUCCUUGGGUACCAGUGUAUAUAUUUAAAAUCUACCAAUUGAAAACAGCUUCAUGUGCUCUGAUUCACUUGUUACUAGGAUUUAUUCCAGUCUGAUAGAACCAAUUGCUGCAAUGAGAGGUUGACACUCAAGGAAAUAGUGUUAAACAUUUAUUCUCAUUCCAGAUGGUAGUUGGGUACAGUCCUUGAGAAGUGCCUUACUAAACUCUUUUCACUGGGCUAAUGGUUUUUAACAACAAAUGAUGUUUUUGUUGCAUGAGAUUUUGAAUCUUUACAAGAACUUUACUGGUGGCUUGAGAUUGAAUUCUAUGGUUCCGUUCAUUUAUUUUUCUUCAGAAGAGAUGAAUCCAUGGGAGAGUUACAUCAAGAUUCACGAUAGAAAUUAUCUGCAAAGCAUCAGGACCAUUUUGCAUUCUUUUUCCAAAUGUGACAUCCAUCCAUCUCCACCGCCAAGCAUAGAUUUUGUUUGUAAAAAGUAUCUCCUGAAAUUUUGAUGUAAAAGUGAAAAGUGCCAGCACUCCUUACACAAAGGAGCUGUUUCGAUGGGAUGGACUCAUAAUGUCAUAAGGAAUAGGAGUAGAAUUAGGCCAUUUGACCCAUCAAGUCUACUCUGCCAUUCAAUCAUGGCUGAUCUAUCUCUCCCUCCUAACCCCAUUUUCCUGCCUUCUCCCCAUAAACUCUGACACCUGUACUAAUCAAGAAUCCAUCUAUCUCUGCCUUAAAAAUAUCCACUGACUUGGCCUCCACAGCCUUCUAUGGCAAAUAAUUCUACAGAUUCACCACCCUCUGACUAAAAACUCCACCUGAACCCCGCAGGGGCUAGGGUCCUAGCAAAUAGCAUAACUAGGGCGGUAGACAGGGCUCUAAAGUACACAGUGGGGCAGCGGUAGGGGUGGGUGGGGGAGAGUGCGUUAAACAGUUUGGAGAAGUAUGAAUGAAGCUAAAGGGAAGGAGAGCACAGGAGAGGUUACUGAAGUCUCCAGGAUAAGAAAUAGGACAUAAAGUUUAGAAAGAGAUGAGUCUAAUGUUAGGCAGCAUGGAGACCAAUAUGAGAAGAGGAGAGGAGCAAUGAAAACAACACUGAAGGUGAUAUAUUUGAAUGCACGCAGUAUGUGAAACAAGGUGGAUGAGCUUAGAGCAUGGUUAGAAAUUGGCAUGUAUGAUAUUGUGGACAUCACAGAGCAUUGGCUAAAAGAGGAUCGAAGCUGGAGGCUGAACAUCCGAGGACACACAAUCUAUAGACAAGGCAGGCCGGUGGGCAGAGGGGGUAGGAUUGCUCUGUUGGUAAGGAAUGAAAUCUAAUCCUUAGCGAGAAACGACAUAAGAUCAGAAGAUGUGGGGAAUCCUUAUGGGUAGAGUUAACAAACUGCAAGGGUAUAAAGACCCUGGUGGGUGUUAUAUACAGGUCACCGAAUAGUAGCCGGAAUGUAGGGUAGAAAGAUGAUAGGAAAGGCAAGGGAAUGUUCUUUAGCCAGAGGGUGGUGAAUCGGUGGAAUUAUUUGUCGCUGACAAUUGUGGAGGCCAAGUCAUUGGGUAUUUUUAAAGCGGACAUUGACAGGUUCUUGAUUAGUAAGGGCCAGAACGGUUAUGGGGAGUCGGCAGGAGGAUGGGGUUGAGAGGGAAAAAUAGAUCAGCAUGGUCAACUGGUGGAGCAGACUCGAUGGGCUGAAUGGCUUCAUUCUGCUCUUGUGUCUUAUGAUCUUAUGAUCAUAGAUUCAAAGAGCUUGCAAUUGCAGCAAAUAGACUGCGGCCGGAUGUUGGCGUGGAAUACCGGGACCAGGGACCACCUGGAAUGGCAGGGUGCCAUAUGUAGAGGCAGAGAACCAAGCAGCUACCAUCUUCCCACUGCCUACUUGACCCUCUUCUACCCCGCUGUAUUUUCUGUCAGUGCCACCUCCAUUCCUAAUUCAUGGUCCAGGCUGCAGAUGCUGUGGAGAGAUCUCUAACGUCACUGGACCACAGGCCACCUCACGACCAGUGCUGUCCAACAAAGACCCCACGGUCUGUGAAGCCUGGGUUUAAUGUUCUUCAAAGGGAGGAAACAAAAAGAACAAUUUAUGAAAGCAAGAUUGUCCUCAUUUUGCCGUUUUUUUGUGACCUCUGAAUUGGCCACGUCGACUUGUCCAAACUCUGGGCAAUCUCACUGCUGGUUUAGCUCUCCAUUUACAAGAUAUUUUUUAUAACCUCACUUCAAAAUAUAUUUUUAUAUUUCAUAUAUUGCUUGCAUGCCAACAUGAAAAAUAUUUUAAAAAGGUAUGAUUAUUUGUUAAUGCAAACAGGGGAACCACAUGUAAUCCUUAAAAUGUGUGUGUUUAGCAAAAAUUGAAUAACUUUGGUAUACAGUAUGUGGAUGCUGACUAUUUUGUUUCCAUGUCAGACAAUGUACUUAUGACCCUCAGCAUCUAAGGUCAAGUGAUGCAGAUGGAACGAUUCCAGACUCGGAGGCUGACAUGGUCCCCUCGUGAGGGCAGUGAUCAUUGUUGCAAAGUGGGAAGUGUGUUUGUUACCUCCACUGUUACUGCAGCAAGGAAGUUAAUCCUAACAAUAAUGGCAUCUGUGUACGAACGUCCAUGCUAAGUAGCGAGACCCAGGUCUUCACCUGGAUCUGUGCUUGCCUCAGCCAGACCUACAACAAAUACAUGCAAUUUUCUGCAGGUAAAAUAAUCUAUGUAAAAAUUCCCUUCGGAUGGGAAUGAUUUCCACCAAUGAGGUAACGUGACACUUGCAUCUGCAAUAAAACAUGGUCCUUUCAAGAGAGUUUAUUGUCAUGGUCCCAGAUAGGACAAUGAAAUUCCCCAGACCAGUAUUCACGGACUGUCUUUGUUAUUAUCACAUGGUUUGGCAAAUUGAAACACAGCUUAAGAAACAGCAACACCAUCUUUCUCAAAACCAGAUUUCUGUUUAGUCUAGAAACAGCACAGAGACAGGCCCUACGGCCCACCGAGUCUGCACUGACCUGCGAUCCCCGCACAUUAACAUUACUACACAUACUACAGGCAUAAUUUACACAUAUUCCAGGCCAAUUUACAUACAAACCUGUACGUCUUCGGAGUGUGGGUGGAAACCGAAGAUCUCGGAGGAAACCCACGUGGUCACGGGGAGAACGACAAACUCCGCACAGACAGCACCCGUAGUCGGGAUUGAAUCCGGGUUUCCGGCGUUGCAAGGGCGGUAAGGCAGCAACUCUACUGCUGUGCCACUGUGCCACCCUUGUUAGGCCGCUUGUGAUUUACCUAAAGAGUGGACAUCCCAAUGAGAAUAAAACGGGAACAAAACUAAAUAGGAUGUAUUUUAGUUUUGUUUCAAACAAAAAAGUACAGGAGAAGUCAUUUUUCUUUUCUGUGAUUGGAAACUGCUUCUUGCCUAUGCGGUUAUAGAGUCAUCCAGCAUGGAAAGAGGCCCUUCUGCCCCAUUAUGCUGACCAAAAUGCCCCAUCUAAGUUAGUUCCAUUUACCUACAUUUGGCCUAUAUCCUUCCAAACCUUUCCUGUCCAUGUAUCUGUUCCAAUGUCUUUUAAAUGUUGUUAUCAUACCUGUGUCAACGACUUCCUCUGGUAGCUUGUUCCAUUACCCACCACCUUUCAAGUGAAAAAGUUAACCCUCAGGUUCCUAUUAAAUCUUUCUCCUCUCACCCUAAACCUAUGCCCCUCGGUUUGGUACGAGAAGAGAAUCUGAGAAACACCAGGUAGUUUCUUGCUGUGGACAUUAGAUUGAUUCUAACCGCCCGUAUUGAAGACCCUGGUUUGGUC